AUGGAUUGGACUCAGGAGGAUGUUUCAAUAUGGUUGAUGGAGAAUGGUUUUGACAAAUACGUAAAUAAACUUAAAGACGAAGAAAUUGAUGGUUUAUCUCUUUUAAAUUUGAGUUCAUCAUCAAUCGAUGAACUUUUAUCAAUCAAUACUAUCGAUAAUGUUAUUAAGAAGCCAACAAUAGGUAUUAGAACAACGUUCGAAAAAAAACUGGAGAUGUUAAAAUCAGAUGUUUUUCCAAGUUCUAGUAAUAUUUUGACAUUAAAUGAAAAACAAUCGGACAUUUUAAUAAAUGAAAUAAAUUCAAACGCUUCAAAUAAUUUAUCAUUUUUUCAUGACUUUAACAUUGAUAGUGAACAUCACGUUAUUGGUAAUCAAGAUCAUCUCAAAGUUUCUUUAUCGACCACGAAUGUUUCGAAUCAAUUGAAUGACCAAUCUUCCUCGAGUUCACGUUUUUUACUGCCACAAGAUACAACAAUUGAUCAAAGAAUCCAUCAAUCAUUAGAUAAUUCUUCAAUUACGUCAAUAUCUCAAUCAAAAAAAAAAUUUCCAUUAAAUUACGUGCUUCCACAAUUUGAUAAAGCUUUUGAGAAAGCUGGAGAAGAUCCAUCGAAAAUAGAUUUUGGACUGCGGUGCAGGAGAAAACAACGACUUGUUAAAACAAUUCGUGAUGAUGUAGCCAAUACCUAUGGCAUUGAUUUUUAUCCAACUGCAUCUGAAUUUGACCGAAUGGUUGUUAGUGUGAAAAACAAAUAUCCAGCACUUAGUAAAGUAUUCGGCGAAGAUAUGAGUUUAUUAACAUCGGCAUUAAAACAACAAUUUUCACGUGAUCGUCAACAAUUUGGUUGUUCAUCUGAUGUAUUACUGAAAAAACGACAGUCAUAUGGUCAUCUAUUGUCAGGACGGAAGCUAAAAUUUGUUAGAGUUGAUUUAGUAUCUCAUCGUGAGUAUUUGAUUCAAGAAAAAGAACAAUCUCAAGAAUGUUUAAUGCAAUUGUCUCAACAAGCUGAUUCAAUGCGUGUUUUAAUAAAUACAACAAACUAUGGCUAUGGUCAAAUUAAAGCAAAAAUUGACAUAACGUAUCCACAUCGUCAACGUCUUGUGCAAGAAAUGAAACCAAUAAAACAAAUUAUUGAUUUAUAUCCAGCUUUAACAGUAAUUGAUCUGAUAAUUCGUGAAAUCAAUGUCCAUUUUGAUCCAUUCGAUGGAGACAUUGUUGAAACAUUAAAGUCAAGUUGCACGAAACUACUCAAAUAUUUGGAUCAUUCACAAAAAGAAAAUAUUAUCAGAGAAGAGCAACCUUUCUUUAUCUUGGCAUAUUUAAUCAUGAAACGUUAUAAACAUUCGAAGAAACUAUUAUUACAUCAUGAAACUAUAGAUGCUUAUUCAAUGAUUCAAAUCCAAAAGGUCAAUGAUACUACAAAUUAUUCUAUCGUCAUUGAAUAUAAUCAAUUAAUUACAACGAAUUCUCAAGCUGAAGCAUUAGCUAUUUUGAUUGGUUCUUAUGAGAUAUUCAAUACAGAAUAUCCAACAAAAAUUCGUGCAACACUCGAGGUCUUGAACGGAUUAUCAUUUAAAAGAAGAUCAUUUUUCUUAUCAGUGGCUCCAAAAAGAUUUUUCAAUGAAUAUAAAUAA